AUGGAAAUAGAGAUAGAUAGCCCUCGUAACGAGGCUUCAAUCGCACAACGGAGCGACGAGAGACAGUCGCAACCACUGGACACGAAUACUGCAGCGAUGAUGCAGCAGAUGAUGCAAAAGAUGAUGAAUCAAAUGAGCGAGCUUAUGACACGAGUUGAGAAGGUCGAGACAAAGGACAAACCUGCCGCUAAUACCGUACCCGCGAUGCCGACAGUUACGCCUACUACGAACACCGAGUACACAUACGAGCCGAAAGGACUCAAGGACCCUGACGCGUUUGACGGUACUAGGAGCCAGUACUUACCAUGGAAGUACUAA